GAGUGUUCCACUUUGACAGUCAUUGAACGCACCAUUGUACGUGCGCUAUCCUUCUCCCACUCUGCACAGAUUGUCAACUAUACUGGAUUUUUGCUGAUACUCUGUGGGAAUGCAUAAAGGUGUCCUUGUAGCGCGGAAUCAUGGGUCGUAAGUUGGAUCCGACCAGCAAGGUGAAGCGUGGCCCUGGGAAGAAAUCCAAAAAGCAGCAAGGGGCUGAGACAGAGUUGGCCAAGUUUAUCAAAGAUGAUGAAUCUGGGCAAAAGCGUCUGUCAAGAAGAGCCAGGAUAAGGAAUGCUAAGAGAGCCAACAACCUAGCAAAGGCCAAAGAUGCUGUUGUGGAGCGGCCCAAGAAAGGAUUCACUGAUGAGAACAGUAAGUGGUUGAAGCCAGCAAAGAGGAAGCGUAAACUGGAGCAAUCUGACAGCGAGGACGACGACGAACACUGGGACGAAGGUGAAGAUCAUGAUGACGGGAAGGAGGAAGAAGAAAAGCUACUGAAGCCACAGCAGAAGAAAGGAGCGAAGAACCAAGCAAAGAUGAACACAAAAUUAGGACUACGAGAACUGGAGGAGGAGGAAGGGGAUGAUGAUGAUGAUGACGAUGAUGAUGAAAUGGUAGAUGACUACGGUGCACUUGAGGAUGGCAGUGAUGAAGAAGAAAGUGAUGGAGAGGAGCUUCUUCCCAUCGAACGAGCAGCUAAGAAAGAUAAAAAGGUGAAGGAAACUAUGGGACUUGACGAUGACGACGAUGAGGAGGAGGAAGAUGAUGACAAAGAUGAUGAUGAUGAUGAUGAUGAUGAUAAGAAAUCAGAUGUGAACGAGGAGGGGGAAGACACACUACAGACCAACAUAGAAGACUUUGAUCAGUUUAGGCUGCCUGCAGCAGAGGAGAGUGAGAAGGAAGGUGUCCUGCCUGUGGACCUGAAGACAAUCCACCAGCGGAUAAAGGACAACAUCGAUGUCCUGUGUAAUUUUUCGUCCAAAAGAGCGGAAGGCAAAGAUAGAGAAGAGUACAUCUCUCUGCUGAAAAAGGACCUGUGCAUGUACUACAGCUACAACAACUUCCUCAUCGAGAAGUUCAUCGACCUCUUCCCUCUUUCUGAGCUGGUGGAUUUCCUUGAGGCUAAUGAAAUUCAGAGACCUGUCACUAUUCGGACCAACACGCUGAAAACCAGGAGGCGGGACCUUGCGCAGGCCUUGAUCAACAGGGGAGUGAACUUGGAUCCUCUGGGGAAGUGGUCCAAAGUGGGUUUGGUCAUUUACGACUCCUCCGUCCCUAUAGGUGCAACUCCAGAGUACCUGUCUGGUCAGUAUAUGCUGCAAGGAGCGUCCAGCUUCUUGCCAGUCAUGGCGCUUUCGCCACAGGAGGGAGAGUUUGUGUUGGACAUGAGCUCAGCCCCUGGAGGGAAGACCACCUAUAUUGCUCAGCUGAUGAGAAACACUGGCGUGAUUGUUGCUAACGACGCCAACGCUGAUAGAUUGAAGAGCGUGGUGGGCAACAUCCACCGUCUGGGGGUCACCAACACCUUGGUGUGCAAUUACGACGGCAGGCGGUUCCCAAAGGUCAUGGGGGGGUUUGAUAGAGUGUUGCUGGAUGCACCAUGCUCAGGGACAGGAGUCAUUGCUAAAGACCCUGCUGUGAAGACCAGCAAGGAAGAAGCAGACGUCCUGCGCUGUGCCCACUUGCAGAAAGAGUUGCUGCUGUCCGCUAUCGACUCUGUCAACGCUGAGUCGACUUCAGGAGGAUAUCUGGUCUACUGCACGUGCUCCAUAACGGUGGAGGAGAAUGAAUGGGUGGUGGACUACGCUUUAAAGAAAAGGAAUGUCAAACUAGUUCCCACUGGACUGGAUUUUGGCAAGGAGGGCUUCAUCAGAUUCAAAGAGCGGCGAUUCCAUCCCACUUUGCGGCUCACGAGACGUUUCUACCCGCACUCUCACAACAUGGACGGCUUUUUUGUGGCCAAGUUUAAAAAAUUCUCCAAUGUGAUUCCGACGGCACCCUCAGGGAAAGAUGAAGACAACGCAGAAGCUCCACAGGCGACAGAGUUGACAGGUCCUCCUAAAGAGAAAGCAGACAAGACCAAGAAGAGCGGCGUCGCCAAUGCUGGCCCAUUAAAGCAGGAGGCAACCAAAACAAACGGCACAGCGGCCAAGAAAACAUCUCCCUUGAAGCCAAAAGGCAAAAAGAACUCUUUGACUGGACCGAAAAAAGCAAAGAUCGCCAAGAGGGACGGAGAGACUGUCAAGGAACGAGAGGUUAAAAGCACCUCGAAUGCAGAUGAGACGAAAGCGCACAAGGCCAACAAAAUGGAUGGGAGCAGAUUUGAGAAGAAACAAGCCAAAAAAAGAAAAAAACCCAUGAAAGCCAAGAACAGAAUGGGAAAGAAUAAAUUCAAAAAGUUGAAACACAUGCUGCGCCAACAAGAAAGCCAAGAGUGACUGCGUAAGCAUUGUAUACAUAUGUUGAGAACGUUGAAAUAAUUGCAGUGUAGUACGUAUGCAUUGUAGUGGGGUCAUGUUUUCUUUUGUAAAAUGUGAUAUGACUGAAAUGCAAAAUGGGAUGCCUGCUAUAAAUGUGAGAUAUAAUAAAUUUUUAACAUGUUCUUUCA